AUGGUUCUGACUCCAGAGAUAAACCAAAGCUCUACCGUUUGCAACUAAGUGUGACCGAAGUUGGUACAGAAAAAUUUGAUGACAACUCCAUUCAGUUAUUUGGUCCAGGAAUUCAGUCUCAUCACUGUGACCUAACUAACAUGGAUGGAGUUGUUACAGUUACUCCAAGAAGCAUUGAUGCUGAAACUUAUGUAGAAGGUCAGCGGAUCUCUGAGACCACUAUGCUGCAAAGUGGUAUGAAAGUUCAGUUUGGGACCUCUCAUGUAUUUAAAUUUGUGGACCCCAUUCAAGAUCACAUUCCUAAAGGACGUCUAGAUGCAGGUCACAUGGUCAAAAGUUCACGACUCAAAUCUGGAGGUGUACAAGAAACUACAUUUGAUUUGGAAGGAGACAUCCAUAGUAUAACAGGACUAUCUACAAGCAAGAGCACCAACAGAUUGGACAGUGACAGAAUGUCAACUUCCAGUACAGCUGAACGAAGCAUGGUGAAACCAAUGAUCAGAAUAGAACAGCAACAAGAUUAUCGCAAGCAGGAUGGCAGACUUCAGGAUGCACAUGGACCAGAAUUGAUAUUACCUGCAAGCAUUGAAUUCAGGGAAAGCUCUGAGGAUGCUUUUUUGUCUGCCAUCAUCAAUUACACCAACAGCUCAACAGUUCAUUUUAAACUGUCACCUACUUAUGUUUUGUACAUGACGUGUCGGUAUGUAUUAUCAAGCCAGUACAGACCUGACAUCAGUCCUGCUGAACGAACUCACAAAGUCAUUGCAAUAGUCAACAAGAUGGUGAGCAUGAUGGAAGGAGUUAUACAGGAGGUAGACCAGGUUGAUCAGAAACAGAAGAAUAUUGCUGGGGCACUUGCUUUUUGGAUGGCAAAUGCAUCUGAAUUGCUAAACUUUAUUAAGCAGGAUCGAGACUUAAGCCGAAUCACAUUAGAUGCUCAAGAUGUUUUGGCACACCUAGUUCAGAUGGCAUUCAAAUAUCUGGUCCACUGUCUUCAGUCAGAGCUUAAUAACUACAUGCCUGCAUUCCUUGAUGAUCCAGAAGAGAAUAGUCCUCAAAGACCUAAAAUAGAUGAUGUCUUGCAUACAUUAACUGGAGCCAUGUCCCUGUUGCGACGAUGUAGAGUGAAUGCUGCACUGACAAUACAGCUCUUCUCCCAGCUAUUUCAUUUUAUCAACAUGUGGCUUUUUAACAGAUUGGUUACUGAUCCAGAUUCAGGACUGUGUUCACAUUAUUGGGGAGCUAUUAUUCGCCAACAGUUGGGACACAUUGAAGCCUGGGCAGAAAAACAGGGCUUGGAGCUGGCUGCUGAUUGUCAUCUCAGUCGGAUAGUACAAGCAACUACAUUACUUACUAUGGAUAAGUAUUCUCCUGAAGACAUUCCUAGUAUUAAUAGUACCUGUUUUAAGCUCAAUUCCCUACAACUGCAUGCAUUGCUACAAAAUUAUCACUGUGCCCCAGAUGAGCCAUUUAUCCCACCAGAAUUAAUAGAAAAUGUUGUAGCUGUUGCAGAAAAUACUGCUGAUGAACUAGCUCGUAGUGAUGGUAGAGAAGUACAAUUAGAGGAGGAUCCUGAUCUUCAGCUUCCUUUUCUUCUACCAGAAGAUGGUUACUCGUGUGAUGUUGUCCGAAACAUUCCAAAUGGAUUACAGGAAUUUUUAGAUCCGCUCUGCCAAAGAGGGUUUUGCAGAUUAACACCUCAUCCACGAUCACCAGGAACUUGGACAAUAUAUUUUGAAGGUGCAGAUUAUGAAAGCCAUCUGUUACAAGACAAUGCAGAUUUGGCUCAGCCAUUGAGGAAAGAACCUGAAAUAAUCACUGUAACACUAAAGAAACAAAAUGGGAUGGGACUAAGCAUAGUUGCUGCUAAGGGUGCUGGUCAAGAUAAACUUGGCAUCUAUGUCAAAUCUGUGGUAAAAGGUGGCGCUGCAGAUGUGGAUGGUCGAUUGGCUGCAGGGGAUCAGCUGCUUAGUGUGGAUGGGCGCACUUUGGUUGGACUUUCUCAAGAAAGAGCUGCAGAACUGAUGACAAGAACAGGAACAGUAGUGACACUAGAAGUGGCAAAACAAGGAGCUAUUUACCAUGGUUUAGCAACUCUGUUAAAUCAACCAUCUCCAAUGAUGCAAAGAGUUUCAGAUCGCCGUGGCUCAGGUAAACCCCGACCAAAGAGUGAAGGUUUUGAGCUAUAUAACAAUUCUGCUCAGAAUGGAUCACCUGAAAGCCCUCAGCUACCUUGGACAGAAUAUAAUGAACCAAAGAAGUUACCAGGGGAUGACAGACUGCUGAAGAAUCGAGCUGAUCACCGAUCUAGUCCCAAUGUAGCAAAUCAGCCUCCAAGUCCUGGGACCAAAAAGGCUUACACUGCAGGAACUACAAACAAGAUAACUUCAGUGUCUACUGGAAAUCUUUGCACAGAGGAACAGGUACUACCAGCUAGACCUGAAGCAUAUCCAAUCCCAACACAAACUUAUACCAGAGAGUAUUUCACAUUCCCAGCCUCCAGGUCUCAGGAUCGAAUGGGUCCUGUUCAGAAUCAGUGGGCAAGUUAUGAAGAAAAGCCCCAAAUUCCAGCUGAAAGUAACCAUUAUAUCAAUACUGCAAAUCAGCGUGUGACACGUUCUCAGGAGGAGCUACGGGAUGAUCAGCCAGAAAGGAAUCAGUUAGAAGUUGUCAUUCAAAAAGAUAUGGAAUAUAUUGAUCGAAAAUCAGAUAGCGAUCCAUGGAUGAAUUCGUCUGUGGAUUCUAGCACAUCAAGCCAAGAGCAUCUAAACAAUUCCUCUAAAUCUAUCCCUUCUGGAUCUUCUUUAACCAAAAGCGGACCUGGCCGUUGGAAAACACCUAUAGCUACUCAACCAAUACUGAUGGCAGUUUCUCAAUCCACAAGGACAGACCUUCCUCCACCUCCACCUCCCCCACCAGUGCACUAUGCAGCUGACUUUGAUGGACUGCAAAUGGACUUACCCCUCCCACCACCACCUCCACCUCCAAAUCAGUUGGGGUCACAGUCAUCUCAGGUUGCUGCUGCAGAGCGCAAAAAAAGAGAAGAACAUCAGAGAUGGUAUGAAAAGGAAAAAGCACGUUUAGAGGAAGAACGAGACAGAAAACGUCGAGAGCAGGAAAGAAAACUGGGGCAAAUUCGUGCUCAGCCACUAAUGCCAGCUCAGUCAAUGCUUCCUCCUCUUCAGCAGGUGAAACCAGAGAAACCUUCAACACUGCAGAGGUCUCAUGAGACUGUCAUUAGAGAAUUGCAGCCCCAACAACAACCCCGAACCAUUGAACGAAGAGAUCUCCAAUAUAUCACCAUAAGCAAAGAAGAGCUGUCCUCUAGUGAUAGUCUGUCUCCUGAUCCCUGGAAAAGAGAUGCUAAGGAGAAGCUGGAGAAGCAGCAGCAAAUGCAUAUUGUGGAUAUGCUGAGCAAAGAGAUUCAAGAACUUCAAAACAAGCCAGAUCGAACAGGUGAAGAAAAUGACCGCCUGCGCAAGCUCAUGCUGGAGUGGCAAUUCCAGAAACGACUUCAAGAGUCAAAGCAAAAAGACGAGGAUGAAGAUGAGGAAGAAGAUGAUGAUAUUGAUACUAUGCUGAUUAUGCAACGACUAGAAGCUGAGAGAAGAGCAAGGUUACAGGAUGAAGAGCGCAGACGGCAGCAGCAGUUGGAGGAAAUGCGUAAACGGGAAGCAGAAGAUAGGGCCAGGCAAGAAGAAGAGCGACGCCGUCAAGAGGAGGAGCGGACAAAGAGAGAGGCUGAGCAAAAGAGGCGACAGGAAGAAGAAUACUAUAAUCGCUUGGAAGCGGAGAGGCGCCGCCAGCAUGAUGAGGCAGAACGUCGAUUGCUGGAGCCCGAUGAGCCUGGUCUGUACAGACCUCCGCUUCCACGGGAAUAUGAAUUCCCCUCCCCACCCCUUUCAUCUAAUGCUCCUCCUCCCCCACCUCAACGAAACACUUCUUACCUCAAAACUCAGGUCCUCUCUCCUGACACGAUUUAUACUGCCAAGUUUGUUGCAUACAAUGAUGAGGAGGAGGAGGACUCCUGUCUAGCAACAGGUCAGGAUAAGUACGCCAGUACAAGAAAGUCUUAUGGUGACCUUCCUCCUGCCCCCCUUAAGCCACAGCAGUCCUCCCGCCAGCCACGCCCAGCCUCAGAUGGCCUCUUUCUGUCCAACUCAUGCCAGCCCUCCUCUGUCAAUGCCAACAGUACUGCUUACAAAAUGAGCCAGCCCCCUCCCCCACCACACAAGCCAAGUUUCAUCAAUCCCAGCAACACAAAAGGCUCAAACUACACUGGAUCUACUGGAGCACUUGCAGGUUCACAGGAACCUUAUUCAGACCCAAGAGAGAAGAAAUUGAAAAGUCAAGAUACAGAUUUACCUGGCGCACCAGAGAACUUGACUUUCCGGGAGCGACAAAGACUCUUUUCCCAGGGUCAAGAUGUGUCUAAUAAAGUAAAGGCAUCUAGGAAAUUAACGGAAUUGGAAAAUGAAUUAAAUACAAAGUAGGAUAACUGGCACCUUAUCAAAAAAUCAGAAAAUCUCUAUGGAACUGGAGUUGGGGCAGUUCAAGGAGAAGAAGUAUCUCAUAACAAAUGAGAUAGCUUUUUUCUGCCUGGACUAUUUCUUUCUAGACUAUUUCACAUUUAAGUAUGUUGCAAUAGCAAGAAAAUCAAUUAUUUGCCAAGUGCUUGUGGUUUAUACAAUUGAGGCACCGUAAAAUAUAUUUUAAUUAAAUAAACCAAGUGUCAUUCAUGUCCUUUUCCACAUCAUUGUCUUUUAGCUGCUUUUGCAACUGUUCUGGAUCAUAAUUAUUGAAGAAUUGUUGCUUCCUAGUCUCUUACAGAAACAUGUAAACACCUGUGAAGCAGAAAGAGUGGCUAUAGCUUGAACUGCCUAACUACCACUGGCUUGUUGCACUGUAGGUUUGAUACAAGUGUAAGGUAAUAUAAACAUUUAAGACAUCUUGGGAGCUAGUCUUUCAGAUCACUAGCAUAACAGAGAACACUAGUAUUAGGAGUCCAGUUUCUAUAAAUAAGCCUUUGCUAGAAACACACCUUGAUUACUGAAAGUAAAAGGGCUCCAUUAUCGUGUCCAUACUAAGCCACAUAGAGUAAUCUAUAUACAUGCAGAUUUUUGGACGUUAAAUACUUGACUUGUUUUGAUUGCAGUCCAGCAAUGUAACAAAAUAUGCAUCCUAUUUUUCCCACUGUCUUAUCUCUUCUUACACUGAAGUAUUAGCCACUUCUAAAACUUGAGUUUUGAAAUAUUGAUAAGAAUGGAAAAAUUAGUAAAAUAUUGGACACUGGGUAUGAUGGUAUGUGUGUGCGCGCGUAUGUAUUGUUUUAAAGCUAUUCUGAAAUUCCACACUUUAGCAAUAUGGAAUAAACUUCAUCUGGUAGCUCCACUGUAGCCAAGACAAAACCAAAGUUAAAUAUUCACAAAUGGACUAAAGACUUCAAUUAUCAGUAGCUGGUAAUUAAGCACUACUUGCAGGGGAAAUAUGGUUACUUAUGGCUGCAAAAAAAAAAAAAAUGCCUUUCAG